AUGAAGAGUGUAAUUUUUUCUCAACAGCAUGUGUCAGAUUUUAUUAAAAGCAUUUCGAACGUGAAUAACGAAGCCAAAUACGUAUGCGCAUACAAUUUUACAAAUCCAGUAAUUGUUUUGGCGAUUUUGAUCGCCAAAGAAGUUAUCAGCAAACACUCUGAUAUUGACGCUACUCCAAAUGAAAUGAUGCUACACAAAAAUUUGUUGACCACACAUUUGAGUUCUCUUAGAAGGAAAUUUAUGUUUGAUCAUGCUAUGAAGAAAAAGGAUAUACUCAUAAAAUAUAUUGAAAAGCUGUUAAAGAAUUCAGAAAACAUGGUCAAUGUGACAGAUUUAUUUUCGAGGUAUAAUAAUGAUAUGUUGGCGAGUUUUAUAAUUGGUUUGGAUGUAGAUUCGUUGAAUGAUCCAGAGAAUGAUUUUUAUAAAUACGCCAAAAAGUAUUGCCAACUCAAAGGUGUAACGAAAACUAAGCUUUUAAUAAAAAGAGCUUAUACGUGGUUAACCGAGAAACUCGAAAUCACAAGCUUUAUGUCUAUGAUAGCUUAUGAACUAGCUCUAAAUAUUGACAUUCAAGCGAAGCUACAGACAGAAAUCGACCAAGUAUUGCAGAAAACUACUGACGCAGUCAUCAAUGAGAGUAUGAGAGUCCAUCCAGCGUCUUUCAUUCAGAGAACGUGCAAAAGCAGUUUUGAAUUGCCGCCAGCUUUACCUGGCCUCAAGCCAUUUGUCGUUCAGCCUGAAAUAUUUAUUUGGAUUCCUACUUCAGUAUUUCUAAAUGAUCCAAACACCUUUAGAAACCCAAGCGAAUUCGAUCCUGAUCGUUUCAUAAGGACUAAUGUAGGAAAAACUAUAAAUAACAUUUCUUUUGGUAUGGGAUCUCGAAGUUGUAUUGGCAAAACUUUCGCUAUCUUUAAUUUGAAGAUUAUGUUGUUCUACGUCUUAGCUAAGUUUAGUUUUAAAACUACUGUAAAAACUCAAACGUCACUAGUUUAUGAUCCAAAAUACUUGUCUCCAAAAGUUGAAGGAGGCACUUGGCUGUCAUUUGAAAGUAGAAGAAGUGGUAAAAACAGUGAAUGUUAA